CGUAUAUAUAUAACCUCUGCUCAGAAAACUGAUCUAAUUUUAUACAUGACUACAUUCAAUCGCUAGCAAUGGCCGACGCCAAGCCGAUAACACUUGGACGUUAGACAACACCACCCGGCCUAUGCCAUGAGGGGUCAAUGUUGCAUGCACGUACUUGGAGUGAGUGUAAUGGUGGGAUUGGGAUCUCUGUUGAUACAAGCAAAUGAGUCCUGCAACGAGAGAUGUUCCUAUUGUGUGGGGACGAAGUGUCGGGAAUGCCUCUACGGCUGGUAUGGACGCGAUUGUAAUGAAAAAUGUAGUGAGUUUUGCUGGCAUGGUGGAUGUGAGAGGAUAACAGGACGGUGUCACCAGUGUGUUCCUGGGAGACACUCUGGCUACUGCAACCAACUCUGCUCACACCACUGCAGGGAGAAUAGCAAGGGUCAGGUCAACUGUGACUUAUCAACUGGAAACUGUUUGGAGGACUGCGUAGAGGGAAGAUGGGGUCCACGAUGCCAGCACAGAUGUCAUGCAAACUGUAAAGAUGAACUUUGCUACAAAGAAGAUGGAGGAUGUCUGAAAGGCUGCCUUGAUGGACUGUAUGGCGUCAAGUGUAAAAAGCAAUGUUCAGAAGGUUGUUUGAGCAGCACGUGUGAAUGGUUGACUGGUAAAUGUAACCAAGGAUGUAAGGUUGGUUUCCUUGGCUCCACCUGUUCGUACCCCAUGACUAGACACUGUCUGAACCAGGCUUACUAUGCAGAGCAUCAUACCAUGGCGUGUACCGAUGGAUGUGAAGAUGGUUACACUUCAGCAAGUUGCAACGAAACAUGUAAUACCAGAUGUCUUAAAUGUCAUCAGUAUUCACAGACAUGUCAGUUAUGUAUGUCUGGAUUUUAUGGAGACAAAUGCCAACUUGAAUGUCAUACGAACUGUCAGGAAUUGAACUGUGACAUGUCUGGUCGAUGUGACAGAGGGUGUAAACGAGGUUUCCGCGGUGGAUAUUGUAAUGAAACCUGCCCAUACAACUGUUUGGCAUGUAGUCAACAUUACAAGACUUGUACUGAGUGUAAAGUAGGGUAUACUGGUGCUACGUGUACAGAGGUGGAGUCAUACAACAAGUUAGACGUCACAGAUACGGUGUCACACAGCAAGGCCUGCAUCUGGUUAACACUAACAAUGUGGACUGUAACGUAUCAGUUGUCCUCGUGCAUAACGUGAAGGAACAUUGGAACACGAUCUUAGAUGUUUAAAUCAAUCUUUGUGGACUCAUCAUCUGAUGUGACGUGACAGUUCUUUUUGCUACCAACUUGAUGUCUCGUUUCUCGUUUUUAGUUACAACGCUUUUCAAUUUAGUACUCUGUAGAGUACAGCUGCCAGUUACAUUUAUUGUGACAUCCUCUGUUGAGUGACCACUAAAAGGUAAAAUAAUAUAAUAGAAUGAAAUCGGACAACAUGCUGCACACGCAUUUAUUAUCACUUUCCAAUAAAAUAGUUUCCACUUAA